AUGGACGGCGACGACCGGCGGAAAGGCUACGGGUGGGCGAUGAUCGCCGGAUUGAAUGCCGCCCUUGCUGCUGUAUCGGCCAAACUCGUGUCCAACCAGGUACCGGGCCUCAUCCCCGACUCUCCGUCGUUCGAUCGCCUGGCCAGCCUCGUUUGAUCUACGACGCACAAUACUCGAUUAUAUAAUCUAGAUGAGAUGAAUCCGACGUCAUUUUUAGGGAUUUAGGGGUACUCCGUCACCGAGGAGUGGCUGUGAGGUCUCCUUCUGUCUACAAUGGCGGCGCUAUCUCAUUCCGUAAAUUACAUAAUAUGUUCAUGUGAUACAUAAUAUGGCUGUGAGUUUCCCACCGGUUCUCUGCAACUAGUCUCGUAGUUGACGCAAUGAGAGACUAAGAGCAUACCACGGAGGCUCUGCCGUCCCCGGCGAUCCACGUUACUCGUGGCAAAGUCCGGGACUAUUCUAUCACUCGCUACUGAGCAAUCUGUGCCUGCGCAAUCAUGGCAAAGUCAGCGAUACCUCGGUUCUCGCUGCUUCAGGACCUCGAAUGUUUCUUCCGAAUCACCCGUGGUCUUUCCCAAUCCUUCCCUAUAAACUCCAGAAUCACACUUUUACAUACCCAAUCCAUUCCUAAUUCUUUCCGAAUCGCUGCUUCGGUUCUCGUUGCAUCUACAUCCUUUUCCUCUAUAACUGGUUCCACGGGUUAGAUUUCUAGCUUCUAUUAUUUUGUCUCUUUAUGAUUAUAAGUACUCAACCUAGUGACGGUGCCAUUUUACCGAUGAAACCGAACCACAUUCCUAGUCUAAGCGGGAUUAUUUUUCUUCAAAUUACGUUGCAAAAAAAAAAAAACAGUGGUUCAUGCAAUAUGGUUACACGGGAAUGAGAAGAGAAAUCACCCCUAACAAGAUCCAGUUCUGGGUGAGAGUCACAGUCAGUAUCUUUCGAACAAGACCAAUCGAAUGUCUUCCUUCUGCUCUCGUUCUUCAUCCUCCUUUUCACUACUGAUUUGGAAACAAGGGCAUAAACCUGAGCUCUCGUUCAUUCAUCUGUUUGUAUGAAUGUGGGAUAGCCGCGGAGUUCAAUAUGCUCGAUUUUUUAUCUUCGUUAAUCCAAAACUGCUCUCUCCAAUCCUUUGCGUGAUUUAUUACAUUGCGUGCCUCUUAGCUGCAGAUGAUCGAAGAACAACGGCGUUGAUAAGUAAUUAUGAUCCACCUCUGUCUACGUUCAUGAUCGAAUGCUCCUCUUUUUUGUUUUUUUUUUUUUUUCAGCUUCUGAAAUAUGGGCUCGUCAUAUUCUUCAACGUGACGAUGUGGGGUUGCUAUGUCAACAGCCUCAAGGCUCUCUCCUCAUUGCAAGCCACAGUCACAAACUUCGCCGCAAACUUCUUAUCUUCCGGCCUAGCAGGAUAUUUUUUGUUCGAAGAGCCUCUGUCUUCCAAGGUAAUUCACAUGUGGAUGCCUAAACCAAUUCAAGGCGAUGCCUUUCAUAGAAUGCCGGCGUUGACCGACGAUUUCAUCACCCUCUAUGGCCGAAGUCAAACGGCGGAGGGCGGCCCACUAUAGCCAUAUUCUUCCGCAUAUUGUUUCUCCGGUCAAUGCUUUGAUCCGUGAAAAUCCCAUGUUUCUGAGGAUUCUACCAGUUACUAUUCUUUUUAUUACUUCGGUCGGUAAGCAUCGCUGGAUCUCAUAAGCUUAUAUGUUUUGAUGUAUAUUUCCAUCGAUCUGAGGCCCAACUGUGUUCGGAUCUGGGCACAGGCCAUCUCCACAGCCAGCACUCAGUCUUUUAUUCGCUAGCUGGACUCUCUUAUGUAUCAUUGCCCCCGGUUCCAGUUCUGGGCCUGUCCAGAUUGGCCCCCGGCCCGUCGGGUUGACUGAAAGCUUUGACCUUCGGCCGGUCGUUCUUCGGGACUGCUAACAUUAGGCGCCUCUCGUUUCAGUGGCUCGCAGGCGCCCUUUUCAUCAUACUGGGAGUUAUCGUCCUCAGCAAAUCAACCGUCGAAAGGAAGGCCAGUCGAGAUUAG